UCAACUGCCAAUUUUAUUAAAACGAGUUUAUUUCCUCAUCUGCUACAGCUGUUGAACGAUACUGACAAUACACUUGUUUAAAAUUAGUGAAAGUGUAUGGACGUGUUGAUUUCGUUAAUUGGACUUUGAAGGUAGUGAAACAAAAAUGUCUGCGAAAUCGACCACAGUGAAAUCAGCUUCUCAGCAACAGGGACCAGCGGUCAAAGGUUACCUUUUUGCAUACAACGCUGCACAAGUGGUUGGGUGGAGUUACAUCCUCUUUCAGUUAGUAAAUUACUAUUUGCUGCAAGGACCGGAAUUCCGGGCUCGAUUGGAACUUUGGGACUACACCCGCGUUGCCGUAAUCGUUUUCCAAAAUGCUGCGUUUGUUGAAAUUUUCAAUGCAGCUUUUGGCUUAGUAAAAUCGAAUCCUGUAAUAACAACAUUCCAAGUGCUGAGCCGAAUGAUAGUAGUCAUUGGAGUCGUUAUGGCUACACCAAUGGGUAAAGUGUCGCCUGGAUUACCAAUAGCGCUUUUUGCGUGGGCAGUAACCGAAAUCAUAAGAUAUGGCUAUUAUGCUCUCAAUAUUAUAAACUGUUUGCCAUACAUUGUGGUUUUUCUACGAUACACAACAUUUAUAGCUCUUUAUCCAAUUGGCGUAACCGGUGAGCUACUAUGUUUUUGGUGGGCACAAGGAUAUGCCAAAUCAAAUACAAUUUGGUCAUUGCAAAUGCCAAAUAAAUGGAAUGCCACGUUCUCAUAUUUUGCUCUGCUCUGGAUUGUAAUGCUCUUGUAUAUACCUCUAUUCCCACAAAUGUAUCUCCAUAUGUUUGCACAACGCAAGAAGAUUUUAGGUGGAAGCAGCAAUAAAACCCAGCAGACGAAGAAAACUAAUUAAGUAAUAUAUAAUAUGUGCCAAAUAUGUUAAUUUGCAUUUUAAUAUACAUGAAUGUUCAUAAACCAAUAUAUUUUAGCUAUGUAUCUUGCAAAACAGUUUUUGGACUUUGCAAAACCUUUGGCGUAUUAUGCAAACAUUAUUAAGUUGCACUCAAAACACACUUAAUACAAAAUAUAUCGAAUAAUUUAAACGAAAGCUCAUUAGUUAUACGACCACCGCUGAAUGGCUCUUCACCCUUCACAUUUUCGAACGGUGCGGCUAUAAUUUAAUAUAGCUAUUGUUUUUUAAGCCGCUGUGUUAAUACAUUUGUUGUUUGUACUAUCUCGAUCAAAGCGUUUACGAUGACACCGUACACACAAAUAUGUACAUAUUGUUGUAUUUAUAUUUAAACGACUUAUAUAACUGAUUUUUGUAAUGUCUUUAAGCAAAUAUAAAAUGCAAAUACAUAUUAAAA